AUGAAGCUGCAGGCGGUGAUGGAGAACCUGCAGCGGCAGCAGCGCGCACGGCUGCAGCAGGCGCUGGAAGCGCGGCAGCAGGAGCAGCAGCAGCAGCCGCCGCUGCGCUCCACGUCCCCCCCAGCGCAGCCCCCGGGGCUGCCCCCUGCCAGCACCCCGGCCCGGGGCCGUGGGCAGGAUCCAGCCCCGGCGCCCUCGGAGGAGGGAGCGGAGCCUGAGAGCGCACACAUCCAGCGGGCGCAGAUGGCCGCCCUGGCUGCCAUGCGGGCGGCUGCCGCCGGCCUCAGCCACUCGCCCAGCCCGGGGCUGUCGGACGAGAGCCAGGCCUCCGAGGAGGAGGAAGAGGAGGAGCGCGGCGAGGAGGAGGAAGAUGGCAGCGGGUACCAGCAGGAGAUGGGCUCCGAGGAGGAGGAGGACCUAAAGGGCAAAUGGGAUGAGGAUGACUUUGAAGAGGACCUGGGUGAGGAAGAAGAGGAAGAAGAAGAGGAGGAGGAAGAGGAAGACUAUGAGGAAGAAGAAGACAUGGGAGAGGAAGGGCUCAGCUCAUCAGAGGCGGUGCGGGCGGGUGCGGGAUCCCUGCUGCUCCGCAAGCCCCCGGCACCCCAGCACUACCGGGGGGAGCCGCCACGGCUGCCAGGGGGGCAGGAGCGGCUGCCCCCCGGCCUGGGCCACUCUCAGCCCCCGCCACCAGCACCUGACCACGGCGACUGGACCUACGAGGAGCAGUUCAAGCAGCUGUACGAGCUGGAUGGUGACCCCAGGAGGAAGGAGUUCCUGGACGACCUCUUCAGCUUCAUGCAGAAGCGAGGGACCCCCGUGAACCGGAUCCCCAUCAUGGCCAAGCAGGUGCUGGACCUGUACAUGCUGUACACGCUGGUGACCGAGAAGGGGGGUCUGGUGGAGGUCAUCAACAAGAAGCUGUGGCGGGAGAUCACCAAGGGGCUGAGCCUGCCCACCUCCAUCACCAGCGCGGCCUUCACCCUGCGCACCCAGUACAUGAAGUACCUGUACCCCUACGAGUGUGAGAAGCGUGGGCUGAGCAACCCCAACGAGCUGCAGGCGGCCAUCGACAGCAACCGGCGGGAGGGCCGGCGGCAGGGCUUCGGCGGCUCGCUCUUCGCCUACUCGCCCGGCGGCACCCACGGCCUCCUCUCCUCGCCCAAGCUGCCAGUGCCGGCGCUGGGGCUGGCGUCUGCCACCAACGGCGGGGCCAUCACGCCGGGCAAGAAGAUCAAGAAAGAGGAGGACUCUCCCAUCCCCAUCUCCAUGCCCAGCCGCCUCCCGGUCUCACUGGCCGGGCACCCGGUGGUGGCGGCGCAGGCGGCCGCGGUGCAGGUGGCAGCGGCCGCCCAGGCCGCGGCGCUGGAACAGCUGCGGGAGAAGCUGGAGUCGGGGGAGCCCCCGGAGAAGAAGCUGGCGCUGGUGACGGACGAGCAGCAGCGGCUGAUGCAGCGGGCGCUGCAGCAGAACCUCCUGGCCAUGACGGCCCAGCUGCCCAUGAGCAUCCGCAUCAACAGCCAGGGCACGCGCUCGCCAGAGAACCGCCCGGACGCCGCCGCCGCCAGCAGCAACGGCACCAACAGCAUCAGCAUGUCGGUGGAGAUCAACGGCAUCGUCUACACAGGUGUGCUGUUCGCCCAGACGCCCGGCCCUUCCUCCUCCUCUUCCUCCUCAUCCUCCUCUGCCUACAGCAAAGGCAACGGCGGCAGCAGCCGGAGCAGCGGCGGCAGCGGGGUGGGGAGCGGCGGCGGCAGCGUGCCCCCCGCCCCGGCCGGCCUGGCCGUGCCCCCCAGCUCUACCUCCAACAGCGCUUCGCCUUAACGCCCCCCGGAGCCUCCUCGGGCCCCUCGUGGCACCGGCGGCCGUGGGGGGGACGGGGUCGCACCGGGGGUCUCGCCCCAGGUCUUGCCAGGGUCGCUCUGGGGUCUCACCAGGAUUUCACCGGGAUCUCGCCAGGGUUUCGUUGAGAUCUCGCUGGGGUCUCACCAAGGGUCUCUCCCGAGGUCUUUGCCAGGGUUUCUCCGGGGGUCCCAUCGGGGGUCUCCGAUGGGCUCUGCCCUCGUUCUCGUGUUGUUGGGUUUUCCUUUUCCAGGCAGAAAAGCUUUAGCCCCGGGGGGUUUUGCCGGAGCCGCCGGCUGUCCGGCUGCGCCGCUCCGGGACCGUUUACCUCACUCACAUCACACUUUGCACUGUACAUUUAUUAUUAUUAUUAUUAUAAUUAUUAUUAUUUUUUAACUCGUGUUACCUCCAGACAGACGCACGGACGCCUGCCGACGCGAGCUCUAGCGAAACCCCCCCGGAAUUCUAAAGGAAAAAAAAAAAAAAACAAAACAAAAAUCCUGAAAAAAAAUUGGAAAUAGGGAGAUAUUUUAUUCGUUUCCAUCUCUUUUCCCUCCUUUGUUUUGGGAACUCCACUCUCUGCAGGAUUUUAAGAGGUUGUUUUUUGAUUGUUUCGUUGUAAAUAGCUUCUAUUUUAUUCUCUAAAAAAAAAAAAAAAAAAAAGAAUCAAACUUUUAACAUGCAAAUGAUAUAUAUUAGUCUUCAUCAGGGAAAACGGGAGCUUGGAAAAAAGUUGGAAUCUCCUUUCUCCUCUACUUCUCGGUGGUUGGGUCCAGCUCUGCUCCUUCCCCCACCGGCAAAUCCUACUUUUUAUCCCUCCCCCUGCAUAAAACUACUGUUUAAAGCCAAUUUUGGGCUUCUUCCCUCCAAAACCAAGCAGGAUCCAGAGGAUGGGGAUGCUCGGAGCUGCAGGACGCUCCGGAGCUCACGGAGAACCCGAAGGACCUGAGGAUUUAUUUUAAGCCUCACAAUCUCUGGGGGGGGUUUUUUUUGGUUGGUUUUUUUUUUUUUUUUUUUUUGUUUUUUUACUAUUUCCCCCUCCAAAAAAAAAAAGCUUCACCCACAUCUGCGUGAGACACAAUCCAACACGAUACCGAAACCCCGUCGCCCCCCUCGGUAUCUCCGUUCUCAGGUUCCCACCUGGAGCACAGGGUUUUUCCCCCUUCCCAGGUGCCCCCCAGGGGAGGGGGGGUCCAGGUUGGUGGCACCUCCCUCUCCCCACCUUUAUUUUUUAAUUUCACUCGGGGAAGUGGCGAUCUCAGGGGAUUUGGGGUUUUUCCAGCUGGGUUUUUUUUGUUGUUGUUGUUGUUUUCAGCUGGGUUUGUUUUGGUUUUUUUUUAAUUUUUUUUCUUUUUUUGUCCGUGCUGGAAUCUCCUCGGUGGCUCUGUUGGUGGGGGGUCUUGGUGGCUUCACGGACCCUUUUUUGGGGGGGCCUGGGAGGGUCUGGCCAGCUCCUGCUGCUGUUGGGGUCCAGCCCAGCUCCCCGUAAGGAGAAAUUCCAAAGGGGAAUUUUCAUGCCCAGGGCGGGUUUAGAUUUUCAUAGGUUUUUUUUUUUUUUUUUGCAUUGUACAGUCACUAUUUUGGGUUGUUUGGGGUUUGUUUUUUUUUUUUUUUUUAAUUAUUUUCCUUCCCUUCCUUUCCAUGCCCCCCUUUCUGUUUUGUUUUGUUUUGUUUUUUGAGAGCGGGUGACUUUCCACUUUAUUUUUCUUCUUUGCAUAUCGAUUUAAAAAUAAUAAAAAAGAGCCUAAAUCAGUUUUUUUUUGCGGGGGGGGUGUGGGGGUUUGGAAAGAAAAUUAAAUUAAAGGAGCGGCACCAGCUGCAGCCGCCCCCCUUCCUCCCCCCAGCGUUGCAUAUCUUAACUCAGGUAAAAAAGGAAAAUGAGAAAAGAAGAAAAAAAAAAAAACACAAAAGACGAAAAAGAAAAAAAAGGAAUAAAAAAAUAAACCACAU